GCAGGUUCCUCUAUUCCACUCGGAGUUCGUUUUACUUCCAUAACGAGCAAAGUUUUCCACGGCGCAUUUUAAUUUUCCGGCCAUUAGUAGUGUGGCAUGUCCACCGACGAAGACUCCCUGGGCAGUCCCCUCAAGCCGGCCACGCCCACGCCGGCGGAACGGGAGCCGCGCGAGCGUCCUAGGGGCGGGCGUGCCGGUGCCGCGGAGCUGCUGCGCCAUCAGCAAAGCUUCGAGGCUCGGUACAGCAGCAUCAUACAGAAGCAGAUCUGGGAGACGAGCAUCAACAAGGAUGUGCUGGAGCGUCAGCUGAAUGCCUACUUUCCCUUCUCCCGCAGCGCUUCGCUUUCCAAGGAGACUCUAGGAUCCACAUCCGUAGGACUUGAUCAUCUCUUGCCAUCGGCGGCGGCAGCAGCGGGCGGUAGUUCUAUGAAGUCACGCUCGCUGGCCACCACGCCCACCAGGCGUCCAGUGGGUGCCUGUCUGGAGAAGCUGGAGACCGUGGAUGUGGCCUCUGUCUCGGAACAGCCUUAGCUGGGAAAGUAGAGCUCCCCAAUCCGGAGGAUUAUCUAAACUUAAUCAUUGUGAUGUCCGUAAGGUUGAAAGGCAAUUUUUGACAUUUUUAGACUAAGGUAGGAUAGGUACCACUUGUGCUUGGAGUGCAGGAUUUAACAUAAUAUUUAUCUGAUUGAUUUUAAUUGAAAAAUAGAUUUGAACUUUAACAUAAAUCAGUUUAGCU